AUGAUGCCCGCCGAGAGGCAGCUGCAGCGCCGCCCGCGUACCAUGUACACCGCGGAGUACAAACUGCGGGUCGUGCACGAGGCUCUCGCCCGCCCUGAAGCCUGCCGAAUCAAACCGACCUGCAGAGACCCCCCCGGGGUUGAACCGACGCAGCUGCGCAAGUGGAUCAAGAACAUUGAGACACUCGAGUCGCUCGCAAAGCUCGAGGCCCGGCAGCUCGAGAUUCGACGCGACUUCAUGGCCAAAGCGCCUCCCGCGGCCAACAACUUCGCCGACGCGAGGGCACAGGCUGGACUCGACAACCCCAUGCACGCGGGCGACCACCCAAACUUGAUGGGCUCGACAGCGCCUCUGCAACCGCCAGCCAAGGAAAGGGGAGCCGUGAAUGCGCCGCGGGGCAGGGCGGCGUGGGCGACGGACACCCUGCUGCGAUCGCACAUGGCAAUUGCGCAACAGUCGCCGACGAUAGCGUUGGGGCUGCAGCAGCAGAGGGCGCUUCAACAGCAAGCCCUGCAGCAGCUGGUGCCGGCGCCCCAAGUCGCGCCGGUCGCGGGCGAGCCGCACCUGCUGCCGUGGCUGGUGGCUGGCCCCGCCGAGGCUGGCCCCGGGACUGCCCCCUCCUGGCUCAUGGCGCCUGCGCCUGCGUUCUGCGCACAGCGAGGCGUGUACGCCGACAUGCCGUCGCCGCUGCAUGGGAUGCGGGCCACCAGUGCGGGAAGCGCAUGCGCCCCCUCUGUUGGCAUCCCCCCCGUGGGGCCUGUCCCGCUCGGCGGUGGGUGCGUCGCGCCAUCGUUCCCAGUGCAGUACGGGAUUCCCACGCCAAUGCUCCCCCAGGGCUCGCCCGUCCACGGGGAGUGCAGGGCGUGGGGCAUGCCUCCCGAGGAGAGGGCUCGCUCCGCAACGUGGGAAGACAGCCAGCGUGCCGAGGAGGUCAGCGGCGUCAAGGUCAAGGCGGAGGCUGACCUGCUCACGGCCCGCGUCGGCGUGAAGCGACCUCGCACGCUGCAAGAGGGCCAGGAGGGCGCGGCCUCUCCCCCGAUGCGGCCGCAAGAUGUCGGGCUCGACGAGUCGCAGCUCGCGCAGCCGCACGCCCAGCCGAGCCCGGCGCCGGUGGCGUCGCCGGGGUCGAAGGCGCCGCCACCUCCCUCUGGAUUGUGGCAGCCGGAGAUUUUGUAG